GCGCUUCACAGAACACUCGUCGCCGCCCGCCCGGCCUCUGCUCGCGCGCCUCCCAGCUCUUCCAGAGCAACCGGGGGCCAGGGGUGAUUCAGAGCCCGAGGAGGCGGAAGGUCGAGGCUGCUGGCUUCCCUCCUAUAUUGCUUCUUUUCCUUCGCUCCUUCCCACUCGUGUGUGAGUGUGUCAGAGCCAUGGAGCGGAGAGCCUGGAGUCUGCAGUGCGCUGCUUUUGCUCUCUUUUGCGCUUGGUGUGCACUGAACAGUGUAAAAGCCAAGAGGCAGUUUGUCAAUGAAUGGGCGGCCGAGGUCCCCGGGGGCCCGGAAGCAGCCUCGGCCAUCGCGGAGGAGCUGGGCUACGACCUCUUGGGUCAGAUUGGAUCACUUGAAAAUUACUAUUUAUUUAAACAUAAAAACCACCCCCGAAGGUCUCGGAGAAGUGCCCCUCACAUAACUAAAAGAUUGUCUGAUGAUGAUCGUGUAAUAUGGGCUGAACAACAGUAUGAAAAAAAGAGAAGCAAACGCUCAGUUCUACGAGACUCAGCACUAAAUCUCUUCAAUGAUCCCAUGUGGAAUCAGCAGUGGUACUUGCAAGAUACCAGGAUGACUGCAGUUUUGCCUAAGUUGGAUCUUCAUGUGAUACCUGUUUGGCAAAAGGGCAUUACAGGCAAAGGAGUUGUUCUCACCGUACUGGAUGAUGGUUUGGAGUGGAACCACACAGACAUUUACGCCAAUUAUGACCCCGAGGCCAGCUAUGAUUUCAACGACAAUGAUCAUGAUCCGUUUCCACGAUACGAUCCCACGAAUGAAAACAAACAUGGGACCAGAUGUGCAGGAGAAAUUGCCAUGCAGGCAAAUAAUCACAAGUGUGGGGUUGGAGUGGCAUACAAUUCCAAAGUUGGAGGCAUCAGGAUGUUAGAUGGCAUAGUGACCGAUGCUAUUGAGGCCAGUUCCAUUGGAUUCAACCCUGGACAUGUGGACAUUUACAGUGCAAGCUGGGGCCCUAAUGAUGAUGGGAAGACCGUGGAGGGGCCUGGCAGACUAGCCCAGAAGGCUUUUGAAUAUGGUGUCAAACAGGGAAGACAAGGAAAGGGCUCUAUCUUUGUCUGGGCCUCUGGGAAUGGGGGACGCCAGGGAGAUAACUGUGACUGCGAUGGCUACACGGACAGCAUCUACACCAUCUCCAUCAGCAGUGCCUCCCAGCAAGGCCUGUCGCCCUGGUACGCCGAGAAGUGCUCCUCCACACUGGCCGCCUCUUACAGCAGCGGGGAUUAUACCGACCAGCGAAUCACAAGCGCAGACCUGCACAAUGACUGCACAGAGACCCACACAGGCACCUCGGCCUCUGCACCCCUGGCUGCUGGCAUCUUCGCUCUGGCACUGGAAGCAAACCCAAAUCUUACUUGGAGAGACAUGCAGCACUUGGUUGUCUGGACCUCUGAGUAUGACCCACUGGCCAAUAACCCCGGAUGGAAAAAGAACGGAGCAGGCUUGAUGGUGAAUAGUCGCUUUGGAUUUGGCUUGCUAAAUGCCAAAGCUCUGGUGGAUUUAGCUGAUCCCAGGACCUGGAGCAGUGUACCGGAGAAGAAAGAAUGUGUGGUAAAAGACAAUGACUUUGAGCCCCGGGCUCUGAAAGCUAAUGGAGAGGUUAUCAUUGAAAUUCCAACAAAAGCUUGUGAAGGACAAGAAAACUCUAUCAAGUCCCUGGAGCAUGUGCAGUUUGAAGCAACCAUUGAGUAUUCUCGUAGAGGGGACCUUCAUGUCACGCUCACUUCUGCUGCUGGAACCAACACUGUACUGUUAGCAGAAAGGGAGCGGGACACAUCCCCUAAUGGCUUUAAGAAUUGGGACUUCAUGUCUGUUCACACCUGGGGAGAGAAUCCUGUUGGCACCUGGACUUUGAGAAUUGCAGAUAUGUCUGGAAGAGUGAAAAAUGAAGGGCGAAUCGUGAACUGGAAGCUGAUUUUGCACGGGACCUCCUCUCAGCCAGAGCACAUGAAACAGCCUCGUGUGUACACCUCCUACAACACCGUGCAGAAUGACAGAAGAGGGGUAGAGAAGAUGGCGGAUGCAGCAGAGGAGCAGCCUACACAGCAGGACCUGAAUGAGACCAUCCUGGUAUCUAACAGUCCUAGCAGCAGCAGCAGCAGCAGCAGCAGCAGCAGCAGCAGCAGCAGCAGCAGUGUGGGGGACAGAUGGGAAGAGCAGACAGAGGGGACCCCUUCCGAGGCCAUGCUGCGACUCCUGCAAAGUGCUUUCAGCAAAAGCUCACUUCCAAAGCAGUCACCAAAGAAGUCUCCAAGUGCGAAGCUCAACAUCCCUUAUGAAAAUUUCUACAAAGCCCUGGAAAAGCUGAACAAACCUUCCCAGCUUAAAGAAUCUGAGGACACUCUCUAUCACGACUAUGUGGAUGUUUUCUAUAACACAAAACCAUAUAAGCACAGAGACGACCGGCUGCUGCAAGCUCUGGUGAACAUUCUGAAAGAGGAAAAUUAA